AUGCGUACAAGACCUGAUAAAACAUCACCUGAUAUUACUUAUUCUUGGAUUUUAAAGUGCAUCGAUCACUUUAGUAAAUUUUCAUGGGCCUUUCCAUUACGAAAUAAAUCUGCUAAUGAUGUUGCAACAAAAUUACGUGAUUUAUUUUUUACUUUUGGACCACCACGAAUACUUCAUAGUGAUAAUGGCCGUGAAUUUAUUUCGAAUGUUAUUACAGAAUUAAAAAAUCUAUUUCCAGAUUUAGUUUUUAUUCGAGGAAGACCAAGACAUCCACAAAGUCAAGGAUGCAUCGAAAGAGCAAAUGGAAUUUUAUGUGAGGCUCUCGGCAAAUGGAUGUGCACUAAUAAUUCUACAAGUUGGUCUUUUGCUCUAGCACCAGUUAUUUAUGGUCUUAAUACAAGAAUGUCUUCUGUAACUAAAACAACACCAUAUGAAGUGAUGUUUGGACAACAACCUCGCUCUGAUUCUGAUUUUUGGAAGUUAAUUCAACAGAACGGUGUCGAAGAUGAAGAAAACUUACCAACUCCAGUUGCUGAAUUAAAUGAUGAAUUAAAUGAUGAUCAAGGUGAUAGUUUAAUUCAUUUCGACAAAGGUAUUGAUGCUGACGUAGUUGAUCUUGACGAAUUAUCUAAUGAUGCUGUUUCUUGUUCAUUAUCUAACACACCAUCAACACCCAGUUCGUCAUCAAUUACCGAAAAAACACCAAAAGAACAUGAUUUGGUUCGUAAAAUCGCGACAGAUAAUUAUUUAACAACUGCUAAUAAAAAAAUGAAAUUAUAUCGAGAUAGUUUAAAUCUUAUUGCUAAUAAUUUUAAUAUAAAUGAUUGUGUUGGUAUUGCAAUUCAUACGGUUGAUAGAACAAAUACCGAUCCAAAAUAUUUACCAUGUUUAAUUAUUGAAAAAAACGAAAAAAAUAAUAUUUCUUUAUAUUAA